AGAGCGUUUGAUGUUCCUUUCCUAUUCGAGUUUAUUACAGCGUAGAAUCCGACCAACACGGAACCGUUACGUCCUGUUUUCAAGGAAGCAAAUUAGCUUGAAACACAGGAAAAUAAAUCUCCAGUCGUCUUUGACGGAAAAAGUGCGAAAUAUCUCGACAGGAACCGGAGAACCUUCCGUCUUUUGUUAUGGAGGAGCUUCAGCUUUUGGAGUGGAAAUUACUCGUCGAUUUACAGAAGGAGGGAACGGAGUGGUUUCAGUUGAUUCUGCAGAAGGCAGUCGUGAGUGUACAGAAUCAGUUUGCUUUCCUCCAGGUGCAACUUGCAAGGCUCAAGUAGACAUUGCUGUUCGGACACUGGAGAAGAGUGGCCUAGCAGAUCAUCGAUUUGGUCUGAUGGUGAAUGCGUCUCUUGGUUGGACAACGGGUGCAAUAAUGGAUGAUAAUUUGUUUGAUUCUGUUGACUUUAUGCACCGAUCGAACGUGGAAACUUCCCUCGUUCUUGCCAAGCUUGCAUCACGUUUUUUAGCUCCUGGAGGGUUAUUAGUAUUUAUGGGUAGUGCAGUUGCUUUGACUCCAACUCCAGAUAUGAUUGCGUAUAGUUUGGCAAAAGCCGCUAUUCAUCAACUUGUUAUGGAUUUAUCUGGCGAAGUAGGCAGAGCACUUCCACGCAAUAGUUCUGUCAUUGGUUUGGUACCAGUUGUUCUAGAUACACCAUUUCAUCGUGCUGAGAACAAUGGUUGUGCAGGUGAAGAUUGGACUCCAUGUGAUAUUAUUGCGGAAAAGUUAUGGGAAUGGUCCAAUCAGUUACCCAGUAAGCGUCCUAAGAACGGCUCCUUGAUUUCUGUAACAACACAUGCAGUGGAUAAUCAACAUGGAAGUAAAGAGCAACGAACGCUUUUUAGGACUAUUAAAACGGAUAACUUUGUGCAAACCAAUCUACUUUAAUCUAUAAAUACCACAAGUUUUUCUAUGGAUCCAGAUAAUAAAACUCGAAGCUACACAAGCUCUUAGAGAUUUCUGAUUG